CACUCAUGUCAUGUCCUAACACACGCUCUGUUUUUAGAAAUUUCUAAGUCUCUGAUUUCAGACCCCAAAAUCCCAGAGUCUUUUUUCUUGUUAAUGGAGGUUUAAUUGAAAACUUAGUUUUCGAUUACUACAUAGACCAAUAUAUACCAAGUGUAGUGAGUGAGAUUGUAGAGGUACACCAAAGUUAUACAUGGCUCACCACCAUCACCACCACCACAACACGAGUGAUGGCGUUUCACAGAGAGUUAACAGCCCGCGUUUCUCGGGUCCAAUGACUCGCCGAGCUCACUCCUUCAAGCGCAACAAUAACGCCGUCGGUUCUUCCAACACUAACGGAAGCAACAACAAUAACUUGAGCGUGCAUCAUGAGAUUGAUCUACCGUUAACCUCACCCAGAUCGGAGGUUGGAGUUGUGGCUGUGGGUUCGGUUUCAAUUGAUGGGUUGAGCCAAAGAAAAGGGUUGUUAAGGAAGCCGAGCGUUGGAUCUAUGGUUCUGGAAUUUGGGUUGAAAGAGAGGAAGAAGCUCGGGCAUUGGAUGUUCUUGGUUUUCUGUGGGGCUUGUUUGUUUUUGGGUGUUUUCAGGAUUUGUGCUACUGGUUGGUUUAGAUCUGCUAUCGAAACCGCUACAUCAAAUCAGGGUUUAUCUGAGUCCUCCACCAAUAGACUAAGGCUAAUGGAUCAAGGCUAUCAUGACUAUGGGUACGGAGGAAGUGAUUCAGAUCAAAAUCUGAUGACAUUGACAUCAGACAUAACUGAUCAUUCAGGUAUUUGGUCUCAACCAAAUAGCGAGAAUUUCACGCAGUGUAUUGACCACUCAGAGAAUCAGAAAAAGAUAGAUGCAAAGACAAAUGGCUACAUUCUUGUAAAUGCUAAUGGCGGUUUGAAUCAGAUGAGAUUUGGGAUCUGUGAUAUGAUUGCUAUUGCUAAGGUUAUGAAAGCAACACUUGUCCUGCCCUCGCUUGAUCACACCUCAUAUUGGGCUGAUGAAAGUGGCUUUAAAGAUCUGUUUGACUGGCAGCAUUUCAUUGUGACCCUGAAGGACGAUGUCCAUAUAGUUGAGACAAUACCGCCGGAGUAUGCUGGAAUUGAACCUUUUAACAAAACACCGAUAUCUUGGUCUAAGGUUACAUAUUACAAGGCAGAAGUCCUUCCAUUGUUGAAGCAGCAUAAAGUAAUCUAUUUUACUCACACAGAUUCUCGGCUUGCUAAUAAUGAUAUCCCAAGAUCUAUUCAAAGGCUAAGGUGCCGGGUAAAUUAUGUGGCAUUGAAAUAUUCAGCUCCAAUUGAAAAACUUGGAGACACUUUGAUAUCUAGAAUGCGUGAGAAUGGUGGCCCUUAUCUUGCUCUCCAUUUGAGAUAUGAGAAGGAUAUGCUGGCAUUCACUGGCUGCAGUCAUAGCUUGACUGCAGAAGAAGAUGAUGAGCUUCGUAGGAUGCGUUAUGAAGUUGGCCAUUGGAAGGAAAAAGAGAUUAAUGGAACAGAAAGAAGAUUACUUGGUGGCUGUCCACUGACCCCCAGGGAGACUUCCCUCUUGCUCAGAGCAUUGGGUUUUCCGUCAGGCACUCGAAUUUACUUGGUCGCUGGUGAAGCUUACGGAAAUGGAAGUAUGGAGUCUCUUAAGGAGGAUUUUCCUAACAUUUUCUCGCAUUCCUCCCUCUCUACUGUCGAGGAGUUGGAACCUUUUAAGAAUCACCAGAAUAUGUUGGCUGGUUUAGACUACGUUGUUGCCCUUAAGAGUGAUGUAUUUGUUUAUACAUAUGAUGGAAAUAUGGCAAAGGCAGUUCAAGGACAUAGGCGAUUUGAGAACUUCAAGAAAACUAUCAACCCAGACAGGAUGAAUUUUGUAAAACUUGUGGAUGAUUAUGACGAGGGAAAUAUUUCUUGGAAGAAAUUCAGUUCCAAAGUGAAAAAGCUUCACAAAGAUCGAGAUGGAUCUCCCUAUUAUAGAGAGUCUGGGGAGUUCCCAAAACAGGAGGAGAGUUUCUACGCAAAUCCGCUUCCUGGAUGCAUCUGUGAAAGAACAGAAGUAUAGAAAAGCUAAAACACAGCUUCUGUAAUUUUGUCUCAAUGCUCCAGAAAGUAAAAGCUCGACCGAAAAGGAUGACUCAAUUCAUUGGUUGCAAAAUGCCUGGUCAAAGGGAAAAACCGGUGGGUCAUUUGUAACCUAACAUAUUGAUUCAGCAUCAUCCAUCAAUGGAGGAAUUAGCAAAGCCACAACAGAUAGCUCAGUCAUAGAAAUCUCAAGAGACACCGGUAAAGAUAAACAUCCUAUCCACCAAACUACCCUUGGAGAAAGAAAAUGUUACUUUUUCCUCUUUUACUUCCUUUUUCUUUUACUAGAGAACAUUUAUUUUUAUACUAGAACUGGUUUAAGGUUAUGGCUGUAAAGAAGUUGGGUGGUGAUGGGAUAAAUGAGGUGGCUGAUCAAAGUUAAAAACAGUUUUGAAUAACUUAUGAAAAAUACUAUAGGACAAUACUGAUUGAAUUGUAUUACAUCUGGAUGUUUAAUUAAUAAAACGAAAAAUAUGAUUUUGGUGUUAAA